AUGGGGGUGAAGAGUGAAGGCCCUAAACUGGUACCCUUCUUUAAAGCCACUUGUGUCUAUUUUGUCCUCUGGCUGCCAACUUCUAGCCCCUCCUGGUUCAGUGCCCUCAUCAAAUGUCUGCCCAUCUUCUGCCUGUGGGUUUUCCUUCUGGCUCAUGGAAUUAACUUCUUAGUGUCACACCGGAGCGCCAGCCGCAUCCUAGCGGGACUCAUAUUCUCAGCAGUGGGAGACGCCUUUCUCAUCUGGCAGGAGCAGGGCUACUUCAUUCAUGGUCUGCUGAUGUUCGCCAUCACACACAUCUUGUACUCUUCAGCCUUCGGCAUGAAGCCUUUAGACCUCAAAGCCGGCUUGUUGAUGGGCCUUGUUUCCAGUUCCUGUUAUGCCUUCCUGUACUCCUACCUCUCAGGCCCAUUCACCUACCUGGUAGCUGUCUACAUCGCCUUGAUUGGCUUCAUGGGCUGGCGAGCGGUCGCCGGCAUGCAGCUGUGCAACGACCUCUGGACAUGGACGAAGCUCUCGGCCUGCAUCGGCGCAAUGCUGUUCAUGGUGUCGGAUCUGACCAUUGCACUUAACAAGUUCUGCUUCCCUGUGCCCUACUCGCGUUUCAUCAUCAUGGCCACUUACUAUGCAGCCCAAAUGCUUAUUGCACUGUCAGCUGUAGAGAGCAGAGAUGAAGAGGACUUCAGAAAGCGGAGCUAG